CGCUUCCGCCAAAUUUGAAAUAAAAAUUAAAUGCAAGGUGUUUUAUAGAAAAAUAAUGGUAUUUGGUUAUCGUUAUAAUGAGAACUGCAUCUAAAAUCAUCGACAAAUGGAAUCGGACAAUCAAGGCAAUGAUGAUAAUGUAGAAAAAUUCGAUAUCAAGUUGAAAUCAAAGCCAAGAGACGGUGUCAUUUUGCAACUCCAUCACACGAUUCGUGGAUCAAAUGGGGAAAGUCGUCGAAUCCGCUUCUCUAUCGGCGCUUUCGAGGAUACUCACGAGAAACUGGCAUGUGCCGAUAAUGUUGGUAAUAUUUUCGUACUCGAUUUUGCCGACUUGAAAUUUUGGAAGCUAAACAGUCAGGGUCCCUGCACUGCAAUGUUGUUCGUUCCACAUAAGCUAGAUACUCUUGCUGUCGCUAACACUAAGACUUUUGCCAUUAAUUUUGUUGACAGUGACACUGGAGCCGUUAACUUCUCGCUUACCGGUCAUACGGCACCGGUUAAGCAUAUUGCAUUUUCGAUUAACAAAGUAAACAACCUGCUUACGGCUAGUCCCGUGGAAGCUAUUUUAUGGGAGCUAAGAAAUUAUACAAAAUAUUUCACUCUGAACACUUAUUCUGGUGCUCAGAUACAACAAAUCUUAUUCACACCAGGUGGAGAUUACUUGGUUGCUUGUUUCCAAAAUGAUACUAUUCAGAUAUGGAGACAUGAAACAAUGAAAUCUGUAAAACAAAUUAUACCAAGUGAAUUGAAGCAUUUAAAAAGUGUAGCAUUCACUAUGAACGGUAGAGCAAUGGCCAUAGCAGGGUUGGCUCCUAUAUUGAUUCUGUUCAGUAUGGAUACAUGGAAAGCAAUAAAAUCGCUUGACUUACUCAAGUACAAAAUUUCAGGAGUUCAACAAAUUGCGUUUAUACCACAGAUGUUUGACGGCGGAGCAAAUAAAAUUCUUGCCAUACUAAGUAGCAACUGCAUACUAUACUUCCUUGAUUUAGAAUCUCUCAAAAUUGUGUAUAGUAUUAACCCAGAAUCAUCCGCUAUAAGAAAAUUUGUAAUAAGCCCUACAGGGAAGUAUUUUCUCUGUAUUUUACAAUUAGGAGAAGUCAAUAUUUACAAAACUUCUCACGUAAUGGAUUUAGCGCAAAGUUCUGUUGAAGAGCUGUUGACAAAAGAAUUACCAUGUUCAUCUGUUACUCAUAAGUAUGAGACUAAAAAGGAUUCACCCACAAGAGUACAACUAGAAGAAAAGAUGAGGAUAUGUAUGGACAGUGCCAGGUUAAGAAGAAUAUUAAUGCAAUAUGGAGAAUAUCCUGACAAAUUUCGCUCAAUUAUUUGGAGAUCUCUUCUCGCUACUCCCAGAAAUAAAAAGGCUUACUCUGCUCUGGUGGAAAAGGGGAUACAUCCAGCGUACAAAGACAUUGAAAAACAAUUUACUAUACACAGUUCUAUUACACUGAAAAAUCUGAAAAGAUUGCUGUCUUGUCUUGCGCACUGGUGUCCAUUAUUUGGAGUGAUGAAAUUUCUGCCUGGUUUCGUUUUCCCAUUUGUAAAAGUGCUUCAAAAAGAUCCUCUAUUAUUAUUUGAAUGUGUAGCAACUGUUCUGAUCAAUAACUGCCAGUUGUGGUUUGAGUAUGCACCAUUUCCCCCGAUCAGCAUAUUAGCAAUGAUUGAAAACAUUUUAGCAGAACAUGACCAGCAGUUGUUAGACCACUUUUGUGACCUUGGUGUAACAAGCCAAACAUAUGCAUUAAAGAUAUUAGAAACUGCAUUCAGUGAGGUUUUGACGUGCUCAGAAUGGCUCAUACUCUGGGAUCAUAUUCUCAGCAAUGAACCAGCUUUUAUAUUAAUGGCUGUGGCAUCCUACAAUAUUGUCCAAAAAAAUGCUUUGAGAAGAUUGACCAGUCAUGACCAGUUAGAGAAGUUCUUUCACAUGCAAAAUCCAAUAGAUAAAAAAUCUUUUUUAAAGAAAGCCUAUAUUUUGUUAAAUGAAACUCCUGAUGAGAUACAUCCCAGAACAUUUUUCAGUAAUUUUUCAUCUUUAGAAAAAGGUUCUAGUUAUCAGCAGUUCACUGGGUACCCAAAAGCAACUAUUUGUCUUAAACUAGCCAAGAAACAGAGAAGGAAAACUCAAGAAAAGUGUACAUUAAAGGAACUGACAACUAAAAGCCAGCAACAAGAAAUAAAUAGGAGAUGUAAAGAGAAACAUGAUUCAGAAGAUGAACAAGACAGUUCUGAUAAUGAACUUGAGUACAAUCAUUUUAUUGAUAACGUUAAAGGUUAUAAGAACAAAUUAAGCAAUAACAAUAAAAAAAUUGGAGAUAAUCGUUGUAAUGCAAUAAAAGAUGAUCUUAUCGAGAGUAUUAUGCAUCCUAUCACUACGCACUUUCUGAGAAAUAAGGGGAAAGAUUCAAAAUAUAGUAAAAAAGAUCACAGAUCAUCACAUUGCAAAUCACAUAAAACUUCUUCAGAAAAACGGAAUAUUCUUGAGAAAGAAGUGGAGAGACUCAUUGACAGUUGUAGUAUCUCAGAUGAAUCAAAUGACUGACU